UGUGGCUCCUGUGGCUCCUGUGGCCUACUGAGUGAACUGCGUGUGAACCGGAGAUUCGGACACAGCCAUGAAUUCAUGACUCGUCGCUGCUCGUUGUUUGUGUCGGUCAUUGUGAAUUUUCGCCUCUAGACGGCGCUACAGAGCACAACAGUGCUAAAACAACAACACUUCACCUUCUUUCUUCCUUUGCCGUAGAGAGAGAGAAAAAAAAAUGCAGGAGCGCGUUUGAGUCGGUUCCGGUGCGCGUCCGCCGCUAUGUAGCGAAACUGUCGGUCGGUAGGAUGAAAGUUUGAGACGGGAAAAAGCGUGAGCUGUUUUUUUUGUCGGCAGGAGGGAAAACAUGGCUGUGCGGGAGGAAGGAGAGGUUCCGCACGUUAAAGUGAGGCACGACGGAGGCGCAGAGAGCUUCAGGAACGGCUAUGUGAAGAGCUGCGUCACGCCGCUUAAGCAGGACCCUCCGCGGGGGCUUUUCCUUGGCGCAUGCCGCUCGUGCAGAGACCCGGACACCGGCACCUCGGGGGCUGCGCGCGUCUCCGCCGCCUACGCGGGAGCUUUCGCGGCGCUCGCGGCGUCUUUCUUCCUUUCACGUCGCUUUCAAAGCGUCGAGUUGCGCGCUCUACUGUCGGACGUCGCGAGUUCUCUGAGCCCGUUGUUCAGUAUCGGGUGCGCGCACUUCUUCCUUACCUUCUACCUGCGCCGGCGGAAGCGCGAGAGCAGUCGCGGCUGGCUCGUGGCCCUGCCGGUCUCGUGCUACCUGGGGGACUUCGCGGCGCUGCGCUUCCUGCAGUGGGGAUCCGGGGAGCAAGAACACUCCGUUGCUGUUUCACAUCACGUGCACACGGCGGGCCGCCUGCUGUUCGUGCUCGGUUGUGUGGGCCUGCUCACACUGCUACCGACACUAAAACUCCGGCACAGCGUGCUCGUACUACUCUUCGCCAGCGGCGCGUGGCUGCUCGCACACACCGGCCUGAGCUGCGUGACAUCGUGGCUCAGGCCGCUGAUCGCGUGCGCUGCCGCCGUGACAGGCUCAGUGCUCGGCCUCGGGUUCGACCGCUCAUAUCCGCCGAGGGAAACAGCCAGCCGGACGUCCGAGGAGCGCGUGCCGGUGGUGAGGCCGAGGCGCAGAUCGAGCUGUGUGUCACUCGGGGAAACGUCCAGUAGCUACUAUGGCAGCUGGAAAAUGCCGCGCAGGCCGUCAUUACCGUGUAUCUCCCGAGAGCAGAUGAUUCUGUGGGACUGGGAUCUGAAACAGUGGUCCAAACCUCAGUAUCAGGGUUCAGUGUGUGGAGCAGAUCUCUCAGUGAUUAGUGAUGUGAGGAAUCUGAUCUCAGACCUGAUGCAGGACUCGUCUCUGUCUCCAAAUGUUGUGUCAUCAUUACGCAGUGUCAGCAGUUUGCUCAGCAGUGUCUCAGGCUCCUGCCGUCCACGUCCAAAUCCGUUCACACCUUUCCCUGGGUUCUACCCCUGUGCUGAGGCAGAGGAUCCAAGUGACAGAGCUGAAAGAAAGCCUGUGAAAGGCCUAAGUAGUAGAAACAGUCUGCCGACUCCUCAGCUGAGGCGGAGCUCUGCGUGUUCAACGCUCUCUCCUGUGGAGACGCACUCGUCCCCUCGCUGGGAGCGCAGUAAUGGAAAAAGAUCUCACACUGAGCUCAGUGCUGGCAGUCAGGGAUCAUUCUCUAAUGGGCCAAACAGCAACCUGCUGACCAUCCCGAAGCAGAGAUCUUCCUCCGUCACGCUCUCCUAUGGUCACACCAUUCCCAGAAGACCAGAUUGGAUGGAGACCAUCGGUGGACAGCCAUUUUCAGGUGCGUCUCCGAGUCUGAGUCCGCUCAGUUCGCCAAGUCACAGUCCUCCUUCAUGUACGAGCUCGUCACUGAUCACUCGUUCUCCGGUGGAGUUUCCAGACACGGCUGAUUUCCUCACCAAGCCCAGCGUGAACCUGCACAAAGCCCCAGGGUUUUCACUCAGCUCACUCUGCACCAGUUGUGGGCGGCAAAUUCUGAAGAGCAGCUCUAAUGCUGAGGUUGCUGAUGGUCACAUGACCUCCGGGCCUGAUGUGCAAAGAAGACAAUCAGCUGAGGAGACAGAAUGCAGCAGUGAUGGACUGAUCAGGGAGGAGCAGGGGGAAGUAAAUGCUCAUGGAGAGGAAGCAGGACUGACUGCAAAAGCUAAAGAACGAGCUCAGCAUGAGGAAGAGGAGGAGGAAGAGCAGAGUCUGGGUGUGCAGGAGAGUCCUUCUCAUCCUGAGGAGUUGAAGUUAGAGCCCCUCCUAGAGGACCAGGAAGCUCUGUUGGAGAAGCUCAGUAACUGGAACUUUCAGAUCUUUGACCUGAUGGAUAGAACAGGAGGGAAGACGGGACAAAUCCUCAGCUGUGUGGCCUACACUUUGUUCCAGGACACGGGUCUGUUUGAAAUCUUCAGAAUCCCCGUGCGGGAGUUCAUGACGUACUUCUGUGCUCUGGAGAACGGCUAUCGCGACAUACCCUAUCAUAAUCGUGUCCAUGCCACAGACGUCCUUCAUGCUGUUUGGUACCUCACCACCAGACCCAUCCCAGGCUUCCAGCAGAUCCAUAAUGAACAUGUGACAGGAAGUGACACAGACUCGGACAGUGGCAUCUCUCCUGGCCGGGUUUCUUAUGCUUUGUCCAAAAGCUCCUCCAUCUCUGACAAUAAUUAUGGUUGCUUGGCCUGGAACGUCCCUGCUCUCGAGCUCAUGGCACUCUAUGUAGCAGCUGCUAUGCACGACUAUGAUCACCCAGGUCGCACAAAUGCCUUUCUUGUAGCUACAAACGCCCCUCAGGCCGUGCUGUACAACGAUCGUUCAGUUCUGGAAAACCAUCAUGCUGCUGCUGCAUGGAGCCUUUUCCUGUCUCAGCCUGAGUUUAAUUUCCUGUCCAACCUGGACCAUGUUGAGUUCAAGAGAUUUCGCUUUCUUGUUAUCGAAGCCAUCCUCGCCACAGACCUGAAGAAGCACUUUGAUUUCUUAGCCGAGUUUAACUCGAAGGUUACAGAUGUGAAUAGUCCAGGUAUCGACUGGACUAAUGAGAAUGACAGGUUGUUGGUUUGCCAAGUGUGCAUCAAGCUGGCAGAUAUUAAUGGACCAGCAAAAGAACGCAGACUUCACCUGAAAUGGACAGAAGGCAUCGUGAAUGAGUUUUAUGAACAGGGAGACGAGGAGGCUUGCCUCGGAUUACCCAUCAGCCCUUUCAUGGACCGCUCUGCGCCACAGCUGGCCAAGCUGCAGGAGUCCUUUAUCACACACAUUGUUGGGCCCCUGUGUAACUCAUACGAUGCUGCUGGACUCCUCCCAGGCUACUGGCUGGAUGAAGAUGGUGAGGAGGAGGAUGCUGAAGACACAGAGACUGAUGAUGAAGACAUUGAUGAAGAGCUUCAAUUAAAGCCCAGGAAAAGCCGCCAGCGUCUUUUCUGCAGCAUUAUGCAGCACCUGACUGAAAACCACAUGGCAUGGAAGCAGAUCAUUGAGGAAGAGGAAAAGAACUGUGACCUGGGGCUUCAUCAGCAGCAGGAGCAGCAGCAGGCAGACACACAUCCUCCCUCCACAACCUCAGAUGAUAUUCAGGUCAUAGAGGAAGAGGCUGAAGAGGAAGAGCGGCAACAGGAGGGGGAUUGAGUUAAGCCGAUCGGCUGAGAGAAAAAUCGAAACAUUGCUCUUGAUCUCCUUCACACAGUCCGAACUGACACCAGAAGAUUCUGCCAGAUCUCCUGUAAUGAAAUGAUCACUGUGAUGCAAAUGCAGUUCACAUGGUGUUGAAAAAAAAAUUGUAAAACAAGGCCUUACUACUGUGAGAGCAUCCUAUGCACUUUCACCCCAUGGAGAAUGACGGAGGAUCAGAAAGAGGAUCAGAAAAAAGACACGAUUUACUGAACCGAAACUCUCCAUGGUUAUUUGGCUGUGAUGCUGCCUUGAAAGCAGAGCUCUUAACUCUCCUGUAGGUACUUAUUACAAUUAUUAUUAUUUUUUUUUUAGUUAUUUAAAAAACAGAAUUUCAGAGGACUUGCAAGUUAGCACUCGUUACCAAAGUGAACAGUUAAAAACAAACGAGUCUGAGGCUAAAGCAGGCUCUGUGUCAGGAAUAUUCUAGAAACAUAAAUCAAACGUGCCUGUCUGAACCCGGGUUGUUUUUUUCUUCUUCUUGCUGCCUCGUUUCCCCCACGUGGUCCUGGUGAUGGACUCUAACCCUCAGCACACAGUUUCCUACCAUGCUGGUGACACGAAAACACUGUAUCAUUGAACUCAGCCACUAGGACUGAAACAACAUGAAUAUUUACUUCUGCAUCAUUUUAGGGUGCUUUUUUUUUACUCACCUGCCGUUAGAUUUAGUUUCCUUUGUUAAAGACUUUUGUGUGCUCAUGGAUUGUUGUUUUUUCCUCCUCAGGAAUGCAAAGUUGGCAUUUGUUGUUCCUUUUGUAAACUCUUAAAAGCAUUAAGUAUGGAACCGAGAAGAUGAAGGGAUCUUAUUUCUUUUAUUUCUUAUAGAUGAAAUAGUUUCUUCUAUAAGAAAAGUUUAAAUCACUCAUACAUACGUAUACACACACACACACACACACACACACACACACACGUAUGUAUACGAAUAUAUACACACACACCCUUAUCAUUAACACCACUGACAGGUGAAGUGAAUAUCAUGAGCGUUACAGUGCCCCCAUCAGGUGUGUGUGUGAUCUACUACGAAGCAAGUGAACAGUCAGGUCUUGAAGUUGAUGUUUCGAAAGCAGGAAAAAUGGGAAAGUGUACGGAUCUUGGUGACUCUGACAUGGCCUAGACGACUGGGUCAGAGAAUGUCCACAACAGCAGGUCUUGUGGUGUCUUCUGUAUGUGAUGGUUAGUACCUAUAUUAAUGUUAGUACCAAUAACAGAACAGUUAGUGAGCCACCGUCCAACACCAAAAGCUUCUACAAUGGACAUGUGAGCAUCAGAACUGGACCACGGAGUGAUAGAAGAAGGAGACCGGAUCUGAUGAAUCACAUUCACCUUUAAUCAUGUAUCAUAAGGAAGGCCAGGUGCAUGUGGGUAAAGAGAUGGCAACAAUAUGCACAAUGGGAGGAAGGCGAACAGACCGAGGCAGUGUGAUCAGAAAGAAGAAAUUGUUUAGGAAUGAUGUGAGGAACAUAACAAAAUGUUGAUCUCAAUCUGAUUGAGUGUCUGUGGGAUGUGCUGGACAAAAAAAGUCUGAUUCAUGGAGGCCAACCUCACAACUUACAGGUCUUAGGAUCUGUUGCUAACAUCCUGGUGCUAGAUACCACAGCAUACACAGACUCCAGAGGCCUUUUGGAGUCCAGGCCUCAAGUUAUGGAUUGUGUGUGUGUGUGUGUGUGUGUGUGUGUGUGUGUGUGUGUGUGUGUGUGUGUGUGUGUGUGUGUGUGUGUGUGAGUGUGUGAGUGUGUGAGGUGAGUGAUUGUGUGUGUGGGGGUUAUACAUAUACACACACUACUAUCCAUGACUAUCUAGAUAGAUUGAUAGCUAAAGUCAGUUCCUUAAGUAUUUGGGUAUUGACAAAUUUGAAAUUAAAUAAGAGCUCUUAUUAAAUUGGGUGAAAGGUUUAAGAAUUAUAUAAAUUUGGUUGUAAAAUUUAUAUAAAAUUCCUAUAUGUUUGUCUAACCCUAACCCAAAGGUAAUUGGAUAACCGCAUCAAUAAUAUUGUCAUUUUAUGAAUGACUGCCUGAAGUCUGGAGGUCAGAGACAUCAUUAGAUGCUUGCUACCUUCCUAGCUGAUAAUCAUCCAGGUCUUUACUGUUCCCUUUUUUCCCCAGUAAGUAAAACUCAGCCCAGUUGGAUUCAGGUCAGGUGAUUUGGCCAUCGUACAUCGUACAGGUCAUUGUCUGUGCUCUGUGAAGGUCCAUCUAAUCAUUUUUGAAGCAGAUAUCACCAUUUACAAAAAUAUUAGAAUGAAGUAUUUUGCUUUAUUUAGCGCACAAAUCAUCAGUAAAUACAAGAACAGGUUCCACUAAAAAGCAAAUGGCCUUCAGACCUUUGGUUACUGGUACGUGAAAUAAUAAGUUAAUAAUAGAUGUGUGUCCCUGGAACUUCUGAGAAUUCAAUUACUUUUGAGGAUGUACGUGUACAUGAUGUCCAAAUAUUUAUGGACCUGACUAUAUUUUGCAAAAUUUCCUGCUGUGGAAGGAAUAAAGGAUUUUCUGAUCUUAUACACGACACACAACCACACAUGCACACUUUUCUUCACGGUUACUCAGGAUGCAUGCAGAAUGAUCGUCUUGUGAAUCAAAAGUCAAGAGGCUUUUAUUUGAUCCCUAUACAUUCUUUUGUUAAGUCUCACUGGUUUUAUAUAUAAUUAAUUCAGAACAUCAGAUGAUAUUGGGAAAGAUGGGCAUUUGUGGUUUUGUUCUGUGUGAAGAAGCUGAAAUUGUCCUAUACAAGCUUGCAGAUCGCAGUGAACUUUCUGCUCCCCCAAACUCCAAGUAUUAAGUCUCUUUUAAUUCAAAACAGUCUGAGAAUGUAAUGAAAAUGUUAAUGCAUGUAAUACGCAAGUGUUUUUGGGGCCUUUUUUAACAUACACAUUCUUUUCUUAAGUAACAGUGCAAACACACUUUUUUUUAGGCAGUCUUUGUCAAACAUGCCAGCAGGCAACGGCAUCAGUGUGAUGUGAUCCAGGGUUUCACCUCUUAAAAAAAAAGCUGCAAGUUUUGUUUUUUUAAUUUUCCGUAUCCUUCACCAUAAGGCAGGUUUAUUAAUAAUAGCUCUAUAUAUUUUCUCUAAGCAAGAACUCUAGGCAUUCCACUAAAGUAAAGAACAGGAAGAGGAGAAUGACGCACUGCUCUUCUCAUUGCAUUUUGUUUGGAGAGGAAAGUUCUCAAGUAGGCAGUGAACUUCAAGCUAUAUUUAAAGAAAAAAGAAAAAACAAGUAAAAAUUAACCUAUAAAUGUGCACAUUUUACUACCAAACAAGUGUUUAAUCUCUGCACAGAAAGACUAUCUGCAUAUAUAAAUAUAUAUAAAAUAUAUAUUUUUUAAUUAACCAACUGAAUGCGUCUGUUUUCUACAUACAACUGACAUUGUACAUUAAGAAUCUGUAAUGAUCCUCCUGUUUCCAGAGUUUUUACCCUAAUCCUAUUUACACGUGUAUAUGUUUAGGUGUGGUGUUAUUUUAAUAAUAAUAAUUUGAGGUUUUGAUUUCUCUUUGUUUCUGUGCAUAACCACUCAAAGCUGGAUGCUGUGAGUCAGCUAGCUGCAGUGCCAAAUGCCCCCUUUCAUAGUCAUAUUGCCCCUUCCUUCCUUCCUUCCUUCCUUCCUUCCUUUACAUGUGUCAUCAGGAAUCCAGUGUCUUCUGUGCUGCUUCUUUUCCCUGUCAGAAAUGGCAUUAAACAUUUCUUGUCACUUCAGUGUUGAUUUCCUCCAACCUUCUUGUCCAUUUGUAACAUUCAACACUUUAUGUAGUGAGUAAGAUAGCAGUGUGAUCUGUAACCAUUUCAGUCUUUUUCAACAUUUUAUGGAGAGACAAACUCCCCUCCACCUCACUGUUAUUUAUAUCUGUCCAUAAAGAAAACCAUCCUUGAAAAGA